UUUUGGUUCCGGGGCAGCGAGUCCUUCCUGCGGGCGGGGCGGGGCGGCGCAGGCCCGGCUCGGUUCGGCUCUGCCCGGCCCGGCUCGGCUCUGCCCGGCUCGGCUCGGCUCGGCUCGGCUCGGCUCGGCUCGGCUCGGCACCCCCCCCCGGGCCCGCCGCAGGAUGUGAGCCCGGCGGGGCGGGGAUGCUCUGGCUGCUCUGCGGCCCCUCCCGCGCCAUGGAGAGCCAGGCGCUGGUGAUCCGGAUCAAGAUCCCAGACGGAGGGGCCGUCGACUGGACCGUUCACUCGGCGUCUCAGCUGCUUUUUAGGGACGUGCUGGAUGUCAUCGGUCAAGUUUUGCCAGAUGCAACGACAACAGCAUUUGAGUAUGAAGAUGAGGAUGGUGAUCGGAUUACUGUUAGAAGCGAUGAAGAAAUGAAAGCCAUGCUAUCCUAUUAUUACUCCACUGUAAUGGAACAGCAAGUAAAUGGACAGUUAAUAGAGCCUCUACAGAUAUAUCCGAGAGCCUGCAAGCCUCCUGGGAAACGGAACAUACAUGGCCUGAAGGUAAAUACGCGAGCAGGGUCUGCUAAUAAUAGCAGUUCGGCAGUCUCGGAUUCCCUUCCAAGCAAUAGCUUAAAAAAGUCUUCUGCAGAGCUGAAGAAAAUACUUGCAAACGGCCAGAUGAAUGAACAAGACAUACGGUAUCGAGACAUCCUCGGUCAUGGCAAUGGAGGCACAGUCUACAAGGCAUAUCAUGUCCCUAGUGGAAAAAUACUAGCAGUAAAGGUCAUACCCUUAGAUAUAACACUGGAACUCCAGAAGCAGAUAAUGUCAGAGUUAGAAAUUCUUUAUAAGUGUGAUUCAUCGUAUAUCAUAGGAUUUUAUGGUGCUUUUUUUGUAGAAAACCGAAUUUCAUUGUGUACAGAGUUCAUGGAUGGGGGCUCUUUGGAUGUUUAUAGAAAAAUUCCAGAACAUGUACUCGGAAGAAUAGCAGUAGCUGUUGUGAAAGGCCUUACCUAUUUAUGGAGUCUAAAGAUUUUACACAGAGAUGUGAAGCCGUCGAAUAUGUUGGUGAACACGCGAGGCCAGGUGAAGCUGUGUGACUUUGGGGUUAGCACUCAGCUGGUGAAUUCUAUAGCCAAGACGUAUGUUGGAACAAAUGCUUAUAUGGCGCCUGAGCGGAUUUCAGGAGAACAGUAUGGAAUUCAUUCGGACGUUUGGAGUCUAGGGAUUUCCUUCAUGGAGCUUGCUCUUGGGAGGUUUCCAUAUCCUCAGAUUCAGAAAAACCAGGGAUCUUUAAUGCCUCUCCAGUUAUUGCAGUGCAUUGUUGAUGAGGAAUCGCCCGUCCUUCCAGCCGGGGAGUUCUCUGAGCCAUUUGUACACUUCAUCACUCAAUGCAUGAAAAAGCAACCAAAGGAAAGGCCAGCACCUGAAGAUUUAAUGGGCCACCCGUUCAUCGUGCAGUACAACGAUGGGAAUGCAGAAGUCGUGUCCAUGUGGGUGUGCAGGAUGCUUGAGGAACGGCGAUCGACCCAAGGAGCCCAGUGAGCCGGGCUGGCUCACCGCAAAGCGCCAGGCAGGGGCCCCUCCUGGACUAGCAGCACCAGCCCCGCGCUUCGGACUCGCAGUCUCUCUGGAUCGUCUUCUCCUACAAAUAUUUUCUAGAAACGUCAGCAAAAUCUUUCAGGAUAUUUGUUGCUGCCUUUCCCUCACCGCCACAUUAAGGAUUUUUCUUCCCACGUUUCUUUUGUUGCUGAGCAAUUUCAUGUCCUCAGAUUAUCUUCAGUUAAACUGUACAUGGCCUUAAAGCAAGUAUUUUAUAUCUAUAUUUUUUUGUUAUUGAAUGUAUUGUAUAUUUCCUGGAUCCAGAGUAUUUUUUAACUGUUAGUCUUUUGCUAUUGUACAAAUGACAUGCUGAGUGUUCCGAGGGUGUCGUAAGGAGUCGUUGACUGUCUUUGAGCGCAGACGCCCACGAAAUGCUGGUUUUAAAUGUAAAACAAAAGCAAGCAAACAAAAAAGAUGGAUCUGGACUUGCCCAUCCUGCGAGGAGGCGAGGGGUAGCCCUUCCAGAGGAAAAGCGUGGCAGGCAGAUAGAUCAGCAUCAGUUUGGUUAUCAUCACAGCAGUUUGUGGCUUUCUUGGAAGCGUUUUGCCUUCCGCAGCUCUGCUGUGAUCACUGAUUUUCUGACUCCGGAGUCGCUGCACGAUGGGUGCAGCCGGGUCGAGCAAAGGCUCCCAGGUGUGCUGCUACCGUGAAGGAAAGAAGGACUGCAGUGUCUCUGCUGUGUGUUUCUUACUCCUGCAAUUCCCGUGUAUGCUUCCACAAGAGUCUGACACAGAUUUAAUCAGUCCUUGUGUUAAGAAGCUUAUUAAAAAGAAAAAAAAAAAUCAGAAGAGAGGAGGACGGUGAAAGGCAGGGUUGGGGUGUGUGAUGUGGGUGGGGGUGGAGGUUGGGGCUUUUGUUUGCUUGUCUUUGCAUUAGAAAUAAACUUUUGCUAAAAAAACAAAAAA